AUGACGAUAGCGGCCUUGCAGAGGAUCUGCGGGACAGGAGGCCGGAGCACAAGAUCCUCAAGUGACCAUCAUUUCUCUGGAAGUGCAUCAUAUCAAGUUGUUCCCUACAAGAAUGUCCAGGGAGAAAACAACUUACCUGUGUUGUCUAAAAAAAGAAAAUUCAUUAUCAGUACAUAUUCUGUGCAAUGUAGUAUUUGCCAGAAAUGGAGAGUUGUACCAUCCAAACUGAAAUAUGAGCAAAUCCGAGAGAAUAUUAUACAAGUUCCUUUUUCUUGCAAAUAUGUCCAUGGGUGGAAGCCACAAGUUACAUGCCAUGAUCCAAUUGAUAUAUCUGAGGAUAAUGGCAUGGCAUGGGCAAUUGAUAUCCCAUGCAUCCCUCAGAUCCCUCUUGGGUGGGAAAGGAAUAUUACUCUAAGGAAUGAACAGAGCACGAGAUUCGCUGAUGUGUACUAUAUCUCUCCCGCAGGCAUAAAAAUAAGAUCCAAGAAAGAGGUCGGAAGGUAUCUUGAAGACAACCCAAACUUUGCUGUCAAUUUACAUUUAUCUCAGUUUUCGUUCAAGGUACCUAAACCUCCAAAUUGCCCUCGUCAGUCAAAGCUUAUUGAACCCAUUGAAGUGCCACCUCCGGUUCACGAGGAUCCCGUGCACAACUACAUGCCGGUCCCUCAUGGAGAAGCCAAUCCAGUAACUCACAUACCAGUGACUCUAGCUCUACAAGUACCAGUGAUGCUCUCCAAAAAGAGAAAACUAAACCAGUGA